AUGAUCUGCGCUGGAAACGUUGAAGAUGGUGGUGUUGACACCUGCCAGGGAGAUUCCGGUGGCCCCUUGACUGAUGAAGCUGUGUCCAAAUUGCUCGGCUUGACCUCAUGUGGAUACGGCUGUGCUCAACCCGGAUUCCCCGGGGUCUACACCCAAGUGUCCUACUUCUUGGACUGGAUAGCAGAGAACAGCAAAUAG